ACGAGGGGGCGGAGCGUUGAGCGUAUAGUCGUCUUUCUUCUCCCGGUGAUAAGGUUAGUGUGAGUGUUGUUUUGUGAGCAUUAGCUCAGGGUUAAACAGCUUUGCACUGAGAGCAUAUGGCUGGCCCAGAUCCUGAGAGCCUGGCGUUUCUCACCCCACGCCAUGCUGUUAGAAUAGACUCGAGUGUCAGUGUAGAGGAGCGUUGUUUAUCUGUAGGGAAGCUAGUGGGCUGUAACAACAUCCUGGCUGCAGACCGAAUGAACAAGAACAUUGUUAUCUUCGUCAGAACUGUCGGGUAGCAAACAGUUUAAUAGAGAGUGGGGUGGAGAUUGGUGGUGUUUUUACCCCUGUGCUUCCUCUGUAUACCCAUAAAACAGAAGGUCCGGUUGACGAAUUCUAAUGAAAAUGUGUAUUUCAGUCGUUUACAUGAUGGUGAAAGAUAACCGAGAAGAUUUAGAUUUAACGAAGACACAAGGACCAUAGUGAGACCAUACUGAGGAGAAACACAGAUCACUGCAGCACAGGAGUUCAGUCAGGAGGCACCUGGGGAACACAGGAUGAAGUUUGGACCAUCAACUGAAGGAGAGAAUACAACUGUAGAGGAGGAAGAACAUCCAGCUAAAGCUCUACCAUGAUGUGAGACGUCCAGAAGCUGCUGCAGAAACUCCUGAGUUCAUCAGAAUGUUUGCUGAAGAUAAAAGAGCAUCACUGUCUGAUGCCCAUGCCUAGACCCAGUAGAGACGCUGAGUACAGAUACAGAUUGUUCUUUGGUGGAGUCAGACUUGAUGUUUGAUGUGAAUGGAGUCAGAGACACUCAGACUGACAGCAUUGUCCUUGAGGUGGACAGAGAGAGCUCCAAGCUGGAGGAGCGAGUGAGGGAGCUUGAGGAACUGCUCUGUGAGGCAAACAGAGAGUGUGAGAGAAACAACAAGGAUGGUGAGCAAGCAGAGGAGGCUUACAGCAUCCUGCAGUCCCAGUAUGAAGAGACAUUAAAACAGCGGGAUGAGUUACUAAUGGUCUCUCUGCCUGAAGCUGAGAGGAAAUACAAGCAGGCGAUGAAGACUAAUGCCCAGCUGGAGAAGGAGAAGUCCAAGCUGAUGUCCAGGGUGGACACACUGCAAGGCUCGAUGCAGCAGCUGGGUCACCUUCUGUGUGAGACACGCACAGAGUGUAUUGAGGCAAAGAGGAAAUAUGAAGUAGAGCAGAAAAUCUGUAAAUACGUGCAGAACAAGCUUGACGAGAAGAAGGCAAAGCGUAAGGAGAAGCUCAUGACACUAAGGGAGUCUCUAACUACAGUUAAGGAGAAAUAUGAGGAAGCAAUGGCGUACAUAAGCCAAGUGGAAGACGAGAACUCCAGUCUGAGGUCUGAUGUGGAAACUCUACAAGACUCAGUGCAGGAGUUGGACAGAGAGCUCGCUGUGUCCCGGAUAACGUGUAAAGAGUUAACAAGAGAAUGUGAUGGAGCAAAACAGCAGCUGAGGAUCCUGCAGUCCGAGUGCAGUGAGAUGAAGGACAUUUUACUGAAGGACUGUGAGAGAAUGCCAGAGGUUCACCGUAUGCUCAUGUCACAAAAUGAGGUGUUAAAGAAGUUGUUAAAGCAGAAUGAAGAGUUAAUGCAGGCCUCUCUGGAUGAAGCUGAAAGCAAAUAUGAGAAGACAGUGAUGACCAAUGCUGAGCUGGAGAACAAGAACUCUGACCUGAUGUCCCUGGUGACCACGCUGCAAGGUACAGUGGAGGUGAUGGAGAAGAAGCUCGCUGAGACAUGCAGGACAUGUGAAGACAUAAGGAGGGAGUGUGAGCAAGAGCGGGAGGCUCACGUUAAAGAGACGUUACGUUGUGCAGACUUUAGGAAAGCUUUAAGUGAGUGCAGUCAGUUACUAAAGGAGAAUGAGCAAAAGCUCGGAGCUCACAAUAUCCUGAUAUCACAGUAUGAUCAGAUGACUUUAACACACAAUGAGAAGUUACUAAAGAAACAAAUGGCUGAAGCUGAGAAGAGAUAUGAGCAGGAAAAGGAGACCAAUGCUCAUCUGGUAAAAGAGAAGUUAGAUCUGAUGUCCCAGGUGGAGAAUCUGAAAGGCAAAGUGGAGGGUUUGGGUGAACUGCUGGCUGAAAAACGCAGGCAGUGUGCUGAGGCCUUGUUGGAGUGUUCCAUAGCAAAGAGCAUUCAAACUAUGACCAAAUCCAAGGAGGAGACUUUAGAGCAGGAAAAAGAAUCAAUUAGGGUCUCUCUGUGUGAAUCUGAGACGAAGUACAGUGAGGUGAUGAAGACCAAUACUAAGCUGGAGAAUGAGAACAGUACCCUGCAUUUCACUGUGGUCAGACUGCAAGACUUGGUGCAGAACUUAAAGAAAGAGCUCUCUGCGACCAAGAGAACAUGUAAUGCGGCACUGAGAGAGUGUGAGCAAGAGCGGGAGGCUUACAGCAUCAUGCAGUCUCAGUGUGAUCAGAUGAAGGAAACUCUAUCUGACCAAGAGAAAUCUCAUACGGUCUCUCUGGCAAAAGCUGUGGAGAAAUACAACCAGGCGAUGGAGUCCAACGUUCAGCUGGAGAACGAGAAGUCGGACCUGAUGUACCAGGUGCACAAACUGGAAGGCACAGUGCAGCAGCUGGAGGAGAAGCUCUCUGAUUCAGCCAUGAUGUGUGGUGCCAUAAAGCAGAAGUACGAGCAAGAGCGGCAGGAUUACAGCAUCCUGAAGUCACAGUACAAUCAAAUGAAGGAAACUCUACAACAUAACGAUGAGCCACCGAGUGCAUCUUUGGCUGAAACUGAGGAGAAACAUGAGCCGGCGAUGGAGUCCAGUGCACAGCUGGAUGACGAAAAGUCUGAGCUGAUGUCCCAGGUGAACUCACUAUGAUGUUUAGUGCAGCAGCUGAAGGAAGAGCUUUCUGAGCCACGCAGGAAUUGUGAAGAGAUAAUAGAGGAGAGAGAUAGAGAGCUUGAGGCUCCUAAUAUCCUGGAGAUGCAGAACAAGCUGAAUGGACUCUAAUCUAUGAUGAGUUACUAAAAACUAUUGCAUAGGACCAUCCUGUGAUCUUAUUAACACCGGAGAAACCUCCAGGGUCAGUGUUUAACACCUGGGUAUGCAAAGUCAUAUGAUGACAGUGUUCUGGUUCUUACUGGAACCCAACACAUAUGUCACAAUGGUCUGGAACCUGCUUAUCAAAUCCCAACUAGUGUUCUCUUGCUCUUCACUGCUGGGCCCUGAGAGGUUUAUCCUAAAUUAAGGGCCCAACCCACGGGACAGAUCUGAGAAGCUUGGAUUACGGUUGGGGCCCUGAGAGCUCAGUUCUAAGCACCAGUAGGGUAACAUUCAAACAGCCAUUGGCUCAAGUUUCAUAGCAAUUUAAGUUAUUACACAAUUCCAAAUUGACUGUAUAUGAUUGUAGAAAAAACAUUAUUCAUAAUCACACUCUCCACUGUUUAUGGUAAUUCAGAGUCUCCAGUGUUUAUAAUAAUUUAUAAUCACACUCUCUGGUGUUGGAAAAUUAGGAUGGGUUUCCUUUUGAGUCUGUUUCCUCUCCAUCAUACCAGCUAAAGUAGUUUACAGUAAGUAUUAUGUCACUGUUGUCAUAUGACUUUGCGGUAAAGGUUUCAGCAUUCGCACACAAGAGAUUACCCAGGUGUUAUUCACUGUCCAUGGUGGUUAGUAGCAUGAAACAAGAACGACUGUUAACAUGGAGGUCCUCAAGAUGAAGUGGAUUAAAUAAACAUUCCUGCAAAAAAGUGUAAUAUUUGAUUUGUACAGUUUAAAUGAACUUAUAUGUGAAUUUAUGUAAUGUAUGUAAUUACACCGCCACCUACUGCCAAUUACCCGUUUCCUAUAAAACUUGAACAUGACUCCAGUCCGAAGUCUCGAAUUGCCUCUGCUAUCGGUCUGAGCGUUUAUUUCCUGUGUUUUCCUGGUUUCUGUUUUGCUCUGAUUUACGUUUGUUUGCCGCCUGCCCUGACCUUCUGCCUGUGUUACUGAUUCUGAUUUCUGCCUCACCUACGUUGUUGUGUUUGCCGACUCUGACCUAAGCCUGUU